GUUUCGAAGUGACCUUGCAAGCAAAGGUAAUUGAGACCCUGGCACUAUUUUUAACGAAAAGCUGCCUCAUAGAUCAGCGUUAGGCGCGAAGCGGUGGUCUCCGAAUUGCGCUUCUGCCAAGGCUGUGUGGCUAUCGAUUGUCAAAUGGCUGGGCUUGUCACUAUAACAUGGGUCACCUUCCAUCUCUAAAAUUUCCACUCCCCUACUCCCCUCCACUCCCCUCAUCAUAAGCUAUGGCUAGCAACCAUCCUAAUGAUCAUCCCCUUAACAACUUUAGCGUACAUGCCGGCCUUCUUCUUGUCUCCGAAAUUGGCUUAGUGUCUUUCGUUCUUGCAUUCUCCUUCUUCACAUACUGUCUUAGACAGGUCUACGAGCGUCGAUGUAGAUUCAGAUAUGGCGAAUCGGAUCCCAGUGUCGAGCCUCCACUUCAGCCCAUAUCUUUAUUGUUUCUGUGCGCUAUCUUGAUGGAUACAAUUCAUGCGACAUCAAAUAUUUUGUCCUUCAGAUGGGUGCUCACCGGUGAAGUCACUGAGGGUCCAUAUUGUACAACACAAGCGGCGCUGAAACAGGUUGGGAACUAUGGUGUAGCAUUGUAUACCAUUGCAAUUGCAAUGCUGACCUACCUUCAGGUACUCCACUCGAAAUGGCUAGGAAAGAGAGGAGCGAAGAUCUUCGCAGCGGCGUCCGUUUGCUUCAUAACUCUAUUUAUAAUUUUAAGUGUUGCAAUCCCUGCCUCUACCAUUCAGUCAUAUUAUGGAGAUUCUGGUAUGUGGUGCUGGGUCUCGAAGCAUUAUCGUGGAAUCUGGCGAAUUGCAAAUGAAACUGUCUGGAUGUGCCUUGCCGCCCCAAUAACCAUUCUCACGUACAGCACAGUAGUGUACAAGUGGCUACGUCAAGCUUCUUUUGAUGCCGAUCAGGACUUGAAACGGGACGCUAUUUCCAUGGGAUGGUAUCCCGUUGGUGGGUGAAAAUCAUCGCACCACCGUGCACCCAAGCUCAUCAUUCUUAUUCCAGUGUACACUGUCGUCAUUGUACCAUAUUAUUUAAUUCGUUUCAUCAGGUCACCUCCGGGUCCGUUAGUUCUGGGUUGGGUGAUCUGGCCUUACGCCUUUUAUUCUUCAUGGGGGGCCCUCAAUGUGAUCCUGUGGUUUUGCACAGGCAGACAUUUCGGGU